AUGCCCAACUACCACCUAGAGAGAGACACAGAACGUUUGCUGCUAGGAAACCAUGAGGCUCUGCUGGGUAGAGCUGACUAUCCUUCUCUGGAGACACAGGGAGUUCCCAGUCAACAGGAUGGCUCAUGUGACACUCUGGUCCCAGGUAUUAAAAAGGAACCAAGCUGUGCUUUGGAGUACCAAGGUGACGUGGGAAGUAAACUUGGUCCUGCCUAUCCAUUUGCCAGCUACAAAUCGGCACUCCUCCUUCAUCCUCCUACAUCAUCUGUGCAGUGUUUUGAGAGGGACAGGCCUGAGAGAGGGGAAAGCCAGCAUACAAGGCCCUUCAUUCUGCACCAUGGCAGCAGGUGCCCGCGCUUCAGUCAUAACAGCUUGAAGGGUGGGUGUUCCCAAACUAAUGGAGAGCCUCUCUGUUCUCAGCUUCAGCAUGUACCUCGGCAAAUAAUGGUCAGGUCUCUGCCAAUGCCUCUUGGGCAAGAUAUACAGCAAGAAGCUGCAAGCAACCCAGUUCCCAAAUGCAGCAGCUUUGGGAUGAAGGGUCUACAAAGGUCAACUGCUGGGACCAAGAAUGUGGCUCUAGGAAAUGAUUCUAAGUUUCUGAAAUAA